CAUUAUCGGACCCCCUGCUGUUAACCCUCCUCUAAGUGUGCCAUGUGCACAGCGAUCUGUUCGCUCUGGCAGAGUGCAGACAGACACAGACGCUGUAGGAAGUGAUUAUUCUGCUUGUUUCCUGUCCAUGUUUUAGCAGGUGUCAGUUUUUUUUUUGUUUUGUUUUUUGCACAGGAAGCGUGCUCGAUGUCUGACAGACUGACUAGAUGUAGCGACACCUUGCAACGGGGAGCUUUUAAUCAGGUGAUGCCGCAGGUCUGCCGGGUUUUUUAUCAGAGAGGAGUCGCAGACAUCAAUAAGGGAAACAUCCGCCGUCGUGUUUGGAACCUUUCUUCUGCUGAAAGGAUGCGGACGACUAUGAUGGCAGGAGGACACGGUCGAAGGUGCAGCCCUCGCUAGACGAACACAUUCACCCGCCGAGUCCACCCCUCCGCCAUCGCACCCCACCCCCCUCCCCCACCCGGGACCAUGGCCAACCACCUGGAGCUGAUCCAGGAGCUGCAGCAGCUGGACAAGGUGCCCAGUCUGGAGAGGCUGAGGGCGGCCCAGAAGCGGCGCACGCAGCAGCUGAAGCGCUGGGCCGUGUACGAGAAGGAGAUGCAGAACAAGAAGCGCAAGGCGGACAAGAAGGGGCGCGGCGCCGGCGGCCCCCAGCCGGCGGAACCCAAGCGGCACGUGUCCUUCGCCGCCAGCGUGGCGCUCCUCGAGGCGUCGGCCAGGAACGACCCGGACGAAGUUCGAUACCUGCUGAAGAACAAUGUGAGUCCAGACCUGUGCAACGAAGACGGUCUCACUGCUCUGCAUCAGUGUUGCAUCGAUAACUACGAGGAGAUGGUGAGGAUCCUGCUGGAACGAGGCGCCAGCGUCAACGCCCAGGACAACGAGCUGUGGACGCCGCUCCACGCGGCCGCGACCUGCGGCCACGCAGGACUGGUGAAGAUACUCGUCGCCCACGGUGCAGAUCUGCUGGCAGUCAACUCUGAUGGCAACAUGCCCUAUGACCUGUGCGAAGACGACCCGACGCUGGACAUCAUCGAGAUGGCUAUGGCCAACAGAGGCAUCACCCAGGAGAUGAUCAACGAGAUCCGCGCGUCGACGGAGAGGCGGAUGCUGGGAGACGUGGAGGUGCUGAUGAGGCAGGGGGAGGAGGUCAACCAGCAGGACUCCCAGGGAGCCACGCUGCUGCACAUCGCGGCGGCCAACGGCUAUGCGCAGGCCGCGGAGCGGCUGCUGGAGGGGGGCGCUCGCAUGGACCUGAGGGACUCGGACGGGUGGCAGCCUCUCCAUGCUGCGGCGUGCUGGGGUCAGAUGCACGUGGCAGAGCUGCUGGUGUCGCACGGAGCCAGCCUCAACGCCAAGACCUUCCUAGAGGAGACUCCCAUUGACCUGUGCGAGGACGAGGAGUUCCGCGCCAGCCUGCUGGAUCUGAAGCACAAGCACGACAUCAUCAUGAAGUCGCAGCUCAAGCACAAGACGUCGCUGUGCCGACGGACGUCCAGCGCCGGCAGCCGCGGGAAGGUGGUGCGGCGGGCCAGCCUGUCGGACCGACACAACCUGUGCCGCAAAGAGUACGAGACCGAGGCCAUCGUCUGGAGGGGGGAGAGGGAGGAGGAGGACGAGAAGGAGAAGGAGUCUGAUCAGGAGAACAACAAACUGAUUGAAGUCCAGCCUGAUGCAGAGGUGGAGCCGGCCGACAAGCCCAAGCUGCCCGCCGUCCUCAAAGACGGCCUCGAGCCCAACGGCCUCGUCUCCACGGCGACGUCGGCGCCCCCGCAGCCGCCGCCGCCCAACGGCGCCGCCCGGGAGGAGGCGUGGCCCAGGGAGCGCGCCCAGACGCUGUCGGAGCUCAAGAAGCAGCGGGCCGCCGCCAAGCUGCUCGGCCACCCCCUGUUCAACGGGCACCUGGGCAACGGCUCCGCCGACCCGUUCGCCGACGCCAAGGCGCCCCCCGAGGACCCCCGCAUGCCGCUGGUGUCCUCCAACGGCAGCGCCGUCUACUACACGCCGGCCAGCGGCGACCCGCCGCUGCUCAAGUUCAAGCAGCCGCUGGAGGAGGAGCAGCCCAAGACGCGGACCUGCUGCUGCGUGUCGUAGCCUCGGCGCCGCCGUGAGGGAGGGACGAGGGCAGGAAGAGGAAGAAGAAGAAGAAGAAGAAGAAGAAGAAGGGAGAGGAUGGGGACCUGAUGGACCUUCCCUUGUUCCUCCUGGUCAAACGACUCCUAAAUGAACCCAGAUGGAGGCAAAUGUAGCAGAGGUGGGGAAAGGAAAGGAGCAGCGCCAAGGACGAGCCCGCACAUAGAAGCCCAGGAGAGCAGGAAGCCAUGGCUGUCUUGGUACAUCUUGAAAAAUCUUAAUGUAGUGGUUUUUUAAAAUUUUUUUAAUUUUAAGUGUCUGUUUGGGGAGGGGGAGUCGAAGAUCUCAAGGUACUGCAGGUUCUCAGUCCGUCACAGAACAAUUAGAACCGUCACCCUGCGAAAUGUGGAGCAAGAACAAGAGAUGCUGCGUCUCCAGGUUAAAAUGCUGCUUGCGAGCGUAAAGGGAAGGAAUGCCGUGAACCAGUGUUCAAGCGUGGGGGGGUACAUCAAUGUGUCCUGUAUACACCGCCCGCCACAUCACGCCACCGGCCCUGCUUUAAUUCCCCCAGUGCUCGUUCGGAAGUGACUGUUCAGUGUUUAAUUUAUGGAAUGUGUAAAAAGUGUUCGUUUCCCUCAAGAUGAGUGUAUUUAUUUUGUGGAUGUUGUGCGGAGAGUGUGAGUGAGGACGAGAGGAGCUGGAGGACGGUCCAGCGGAGCAGCUUCUGAGGACGGGGUGACGCGAGGGGAGGGUCCACUGUCUGGUUCCUUUGGGGGUCUUUCUUCCUUCCCCCGUUCACUGUGCUUCUCUCAUUAACAGGAACUGUAAAUGUGAUGAAUUACUGUAAGGCCAUAUCGGUUCACUGAAGAUACUCACAGACUCUGGUGCCUGCGUCUUUACUUUUGCGUGUCAGAACUUUGUCGUACUAGUGAGCCUUCGCUGACCUGCCGGGGGUCAAAACCCACCAAGUCCGGCACUAGUUCACUAACGUUGCCGCUGUGUUUCGAUGAAGUGGACCAGGGCAGUUUUCCUGUUUCUAAUCUUAACCGGGUUAAAGCUAAGGUUUUACUCAGUUCUCCGCUAGAAAGCAAAUAAGAGAAUUAAAAAAUGCUGUUUAAUCACUGAUAAUUUAAAAAGUCUUGUCUCGUUGAGUGAGUGCCAAAGAGUCUUCCACGGUUACCACACAUUUAAAAGCUCGGGGGAAGGCAUUCUUUGCCAUAUUGAGAUUUGUUUAAUAGCCGACCCCCUCAAACAGUAUUACCCACAAUGCCACUACCACGUCACUGUACAGCGUCAGAUACUUGUACAGACCUUUGUAAAUACGUUUUGUAUUGGUAUUUCCUCCCUUCCUUUGACUGUAUUGACGAACUAAAGGACAAUUCCACACCGUUGGACAGUCCGGCUGUCUGUGCAUCCAGGCCUCAUCCUCCGUGUUUCCCCCCUGCUGUUCCGUGGCCAGUGUGGUGGAAUUUGUCUGUGCAAUUUUAUUAUUAUUUUUUUCCCUGCAAAGGUCUGUUUUCAGUGUCACCGUCUCGCAGGAAGUGGUUGGUUUUUCAAGUCAGUUUGAGGAACUGUCAGAGGAGUUGACGGGUGGCUGAACGUGACAUAAUCAUAGUGAGUCUGCGGAAAUUCUAGCGUUUCAGAUGUGUUUAGUUAGUGGCGAAAGUCCAUCAAACUGAACUGUGGAUUUGAACUGUGACCUGCGUCAGCCAGGAAGGGAAAGACCAAGGCCUGCGUGUGUGCAAAAGCCUCAAGGAAAAGAUUAUAAAGAAGAAAACUACUGAUUUUGUAAUUAAUGGACUAUAUUGAUGGUUGCAUUAACAUAUUUUGAAUAAAUUGUAUAUUUUGAGGAUUUUA